CGUUAGCACUCAGUCGUUGGCGGGUUUUCGAGCGAAGCGAACAUUGCGGCAAGAAUGUGGCUUAUCAUUGCUGCCCUAGUGGUGGCGGCGAAUUCGCCAGCCCAAGUCAGCGGUGAAGAUAAUCGGUUAAGUGUGGUGGUAAAUCCUAAAAACGUGAUCAACUAUAUUAGCAAGGAGUUUGUGUGCUUCUCCGCGAAACCACGAAAUGUGUUCGAGAAUUCGCUGAAUCCCAUCAGUGAAAAAAGCUUUCUGAUGGCGAAGAAUUUGGGGCCGAUGUUUUUGAAAGUGUACGGAGAUUCGAGCCAGCUGGAAUUGCAGAUCGAAAGCCGGAACGAUAGAAGUGGAGACUCGGAUCUCAUUCAGAUCACUCCGAACGGAUGGAGGGCAUUCAACGAGUGGGCCCAACAAGCCGGUGUUAUACCCAUAUUCGUGUUGGACUAUGAGCAAGCAAAUUGGAAACCAACGGGUGCGCUGAAGGUGCUUACAGUUGCGAAAAAAUUGGGAGUACAAAACUGCCUUUGGCAGCUAGGACAUGACAACAUCACCAAUGCUGUGAAGUAUGUUGAGGACCUUCGUGCCUUCCAAGCAAUUGUGAAGGCGUUCAAUUUCUGGGGCGUCGUUGCAAAUGAUAUCGACCCGUCGAAGGCAGGAAUCGAAGAAACUCGAUAUUUCAACUUGAAUGUGGACGAUGUUGCGGAUGCGAUCACCGUUAACUACGAACCAUCAACGGAUGAGCAUCGAUUGCAGCACUUUGUGCUUCAGCGUGAAUCAUAUCUACGAGGUCCUUCGCGGAGCCAGCUACCCGUUUGGCUGGAUGUAAAAUUACCAACUACUAUAACACCGGAAAACAGCUGUGAUCUGACAUGUCUCCGAGAGGGUCUCCAAUACGCAACAUUGCUGGGAGACGCCGCUCGUAAUGGUUUCGAAGCUGUCUUCAAACAGAUCACUCGUGCGGAGGUACAAGCCUAUAGUUUGAGUUAUCUAAUUGCCCUUCUGCACAAAAAUUCUAUCGGUACAAAAGUAUUUGACGUUCCACAAACUCGAAACUCUGAAAACGUUCAAAUAUAUGCCUACUGCAGCGAUAACUCGAAUGGGUCACUCACCUUGAUGGCCGUUAAUCACCUCACAGAGGACAUUCUGAUCGGCACUAAACUGAUUACCAAGCAGCCCUCGGCAGAAAUUCAGCAAUUCAUCAUAUCUGCAUCGAACGGACAAAUUCUACUGAACGGCGAGCCGUUCGAUUUCGAUGCAAGCUUGGAGCCUGUUUACAAAAUACAACCCGUACUGAAAGAUUUCCAACUUCAGUUACCCGCUUUAGCGAUCGCAUUCUGGAUCUUCCCGAAUCUAAACCUGCGAGAAUGUUCCGAGGACUAUCAGGAGCUGCGAACAAAAUUUUCCAGGAGUAUCUCCGAGCAGGAAACGGCCGUGGAGCAGCUCCUACAAGAAUUGAUCGCCGAACGGGUCACACAGGACAUCACUCAACUCAGCCGCCGUAAACGGUCGACGACGACGACGAACGACGGUAACAUCGAGGACAUUCUGAUCAAUAAACUUAGCAGGAAAUUACGGAAGAGGAAAGCUCAGAAAUCCGCCAGGAAACCUAGGCAGACGCCGAACUACCGCAGAAGACAACGAGCCGUGCGCAAGAAAGAGAAACGAAUGGAGCGGAGAAAUCUGAAGAAACAGAAGCAUCCCCUGCGGGAGCGUGGAAAGCGUCGCAUAAACCGACUCGCGCCCAACAAAUUCACAAGCAAGAAAACGAAACGUUCGUUUCUGGCGGAAGCCAUGGAUCAGGUGCCAAUGUUCGAACCCAGCCAGAACCCAGUGGAAGAGAUGAAUCGAUCGGGAUUCCCGCAGGGCGACGUCCACUUGGUGAUUUCCAAGGAACCAUCCGAAGAUUAUGUCUCUAUCGAGGAGGCGACGGUGAGGAAUUCUCAGAUCAAGAAGUCCCGUCGGAAGAAGUUAUCAUCGAAAAGCGAGCCAUCGGAACAGCAUUUGCGAUUUGUGGUGUCAACGGACGAAAAACCUGAUUCGGGUGACUAUGGAAACUCACCGAGGAGGUUGGAUGUAGACCGGGAGCUAAUCGAAGUACGGGAUAUCAAGGUGAUCGAGCCAAGCGCGGUAACUGCGAGUCAAGCCGAACAAGGCGCGUUGGAUAAUAAGCACGACAAAAGAAGUACUAUGAAUGAUACUUCAAUCAUAGUGGAGCCGAUCCGUGUCUUCAGCAUGGAGCAACAGAAAGGUGAUUCUCCCACCGGACAUUCAGAAUUGAAUCUAUCCAUGCUGCCGCAGUCCGAGGAAGCUGCUCACGUGGAACAGCUUAACCGAAGGAAACGCUCCGUAGAUUCCACUGAGAUUGAACGACUUGAGACGUUUGUCGUCAAUAAUACCAAAUUGCAACAGAAGUUCACCGAAAUGUUCGAUACACUGCUUAAGUCCUUCAAAUGCCCCAACGGAUCAGCGGAGACCGAAGUCGAAGAAAAAAAGGAACGAACCAAGCGCGAUGCCCAGUUGCACUCACAAUCAUGGGAUUCGAGCGAACAAUCGAACACUAUUGCCCAGCGUGGCGCUUCAGCGGAAUCUAGCGAAAAUAUGAUACCAACGGGACAGGGGAAGAAGGUGAAGUCAACAAACAAGGUUGACUCAAAUCAUCAGGACACGUCCGAUUCGUCCGAUAACGGCGAUCGGCCAGCAGUGACAAUGCUGCGAUCAGUAACCAACUUCAUCAAAGGUAUGACGACCCAAUUUCACAGAAUAUUCAACAACUUAUUUCCACGGACUCCAACGGCAUAG